AUGCCAAGAGGAGGAAGAAGCUCAUCAUCAUCAAGAUCAAGCAGCAGCCCAAGCAGACGUGCCACCACUGCACCCACCCCAAUUAUUUAUCCACAGGCAAUGAUGCAAUCUCCAUCAACUGGAGGUGGCAUGAUGUCUGGAAUCGGGUCAACCAUUGUUACUGGAAUGGCACUCGGAGCUGGUUCAGAAGUAGGCCAUCAAGCUGUGAGAAGUUUAAUGGGUGGAUCAAGCGGAUCACAUGAUGCACCAAAUCAGCAACAAGCAACUUCCCAACAGAUUUAAUAUGCUCAACCCAUGCAAUAAUAAUAAAUUCAACAACAACAAAGCCCUUGCUUUUCAUUCAAUUAGCAUUUCCUUACUUGCCUUAAGACCUACUCAAAUGAUUUAAGCAUGUGCCAAGCCAAUAUUGACAUGCUCAUGCAAUGUGAGAGAGAUAACGCCCCUAAAUUCCACGGAGUAUGA